GAAGUAAAAUUAUAAUUUCCUAGAUUUCGUUCCUAUUACAGAACCGAUUAUUAAUCAAUAGUUUCCAUACAACCUAAUUACGAAUCGACACAAUGUCGGAAAAGGACAAAUCGAAAUCCAGCAACCAAACCAAACACAUACCAAAAGACGCUCAAGUGAUUAUGUCUAUAAUGAAAGAAGUUGGCGUCACGGACUACGAGCCUAGAGUCGUGAACCAGCUCCUAGAGUUCACUUAUCGAUACGUGACCUCGAUAUUGGACGACGCGCGCGUUUUCGCGAACCACGCGAAGAAGAAAUCGAUAGAUAUAGAAGAUGUGCGGUUGGCUGUGCAGCUGCAGUUAGACAAGUCGUUCACGAGUCCGCCGCCGCGGGAGGUGCUGCUGGAGAUAGCGAGAGUGAAGAAUGUCAAUCCACUGCCUUUGAUAAAGCCGCAUUGUGGGCUGCGCUUGCCUCCUGACCGUUACUGCCUAUCAGCCUGCAACUACCGUCUCCGACCAGCAUUCAAGAAAGUGGCUUCAAAGCCGGCCGUGGUCCCCACUCCCACCGUCAAGACUGUCACAUCUUCAAAGGGCGCGAACCAGAAUGUGGUGGUCAAGCGGCCAAGCGGGGCUAUAGUCAAUGUGUCAUCGGCCAAGCCCAGUGUUGUGCCUAAGCCUGUGCUUAAGUUUACUUCAGGCAGUAAGGUGGUCGCCAAGCCGGCCGUGCGCGUGACCGCGGGCCCGUCCACGCAGGGCCCCGUCAAGAUGGAGCUCGACGCCAUGGACUCCGGGCCCAUGAAGAGGAAACGCGAGGAUGACGAUUACGACUUGUAGAUCUCUAUACUCUUUUUACAAGACGUCUAU